AUGACUCUUAAUCUGGAGAGUUGUGACAGCCUUCCACCAGAUGAGGAACCAAAGUUGAAAUAUGAUCGAAUGGGUAAUGACGUUCAAAAUAUCUUACUCAAGGACGCUGUAAGCUGUAUUUGUGUUCAUACCAAAUUUAUUUGUCUCGGCACGCAAUGGGGAGUUAUACAUCUACUGGAUCAUGAGGGAAAUACUGUACCAAUAUCCCAAGACAAUAACCAGAAGGACUUACAAGCGCACGCGAUAGCUGUGAAUAAGAUAUCAGUAGAUUUGAAUGGAGAUUACAUAGCAAGUUGUUCAGAUGAUGGAAAGGUGCUGGUGUAUGGUUUAUACACUGAUGAUAAUACCCACAACAUAACCUUAAGCAGAGUUGUUAAGUCAGUGGCUUUGGACCCAUACUACUUUAAAUCUGGCUCAGGCAGGAGGUUUCUUACUGGUGACAACAAAUUGACCCUUUAUGAGAAAACUUUUUUGAAUCGUCUUAGAGGUACAGUAUUAUGUGAGUGUGAGGGCUAUGUCCAAGCAAUAGCCUGGCAAGAACGAUUCGUAGCUUGGGCAAGUGAGGUCGGCGUACGUGUUUACGAUCUCGUAGCUCGAUGUUCUCUAGGCCUCAUUCAGUGGGAAAAAAGCCCGAAUAGGUCCAUAGAAGACUAUCGCUGCAAUCUACUGUGGUCUGCCCCCAAGACUCUCAUGAUUGGGUGGGUUGACACAAUCCGGAUAUGUGUGAUACGUAAACGAAACCAAAUUGAGUUACAAACUCGAGAUGUAACUGAAUACUUAGUAGAUCCUGUGCAUACAUUUCAAACAGACUAUUUCAUAAGUGGCUUAGGACCUCUUGAUGACCAACUUGUUUUGCUUGGUGUUCCUAAGGAAUGUGAUCCAGAUACUGGCAAAGCGCAAAGGCCUGUUCUUACUGUGGCAGACUAUAAGGAUUGUGAAUUUUGUGAGGUUUCUACAGACUGUCUGAAUAUUCGAGGUUAUGAAGAAUAUUCUUGCAAUGACUAUUAUUUAGACAUGCUCAUAGAAGAAAACCGAUUUUUCAUUGUAUCUCCCAAAGACAUUGUAAUUGCUAGUCCUUAUGAUAUUGAUGACAGAGUCAUUUGGCUUACUGAGCAUAGUCGAUUUGAAAAAGCUAUAGCAGUCUUAGAAGAGGUUGGUGGAAAAACUGCAAAACAUUCAGUUAUAACUGUCGGGGUCCAAUAUUUGGACCAUCUAAUGUCUGAACAUCUGUAUGAGCAAGCAGCAAUUUUGUGUGCACGGAUAUGCAAGAAUGAUAAAGUCUUAUGGGAGAACCAGAUUCUAAAAUUUGCUGAAGUCAACCAACUUAGAGCUAUCAGUGCCUAUGUACCUAGAGUUCCUGAACAAGCAUUAAGUCCACACAUAUAUGAAUUAAUUUUCUACGAGUACCUCAAAGUAGAUCCACAGGGUUUUCUUAAAUUGGUGCAAGAAUGGAAUCCAUCAUUGUACAAGACAGGAGUUGUUAUAAAAGAAGUUAUAGAACAUUUAUUGACCACAGAAGUUGAUAAGAAUGUGUAUUUAGAAGCACUGGCCUUGCUUUAUUGUUAUCAAAAGAAAUACGAUAAAGCUUUAACAGCAUACCUUAAACUACAGCAUAAGGAUGUAUUCAAAUUAAUCACAAAACAUGAUAUGUACAGUGUGAUAUAUGAUAAAAUCCUUGAUCUGAUGAACCUUGACUGUGAUAGAGCCAUAUCAAUAUUACUUGAUAAAGUACCAGUAGAACUCAUUGAUAAGCAACAAGAGAAAACAAAGAUACCAGUUGAAGUUGUUGAAAAGCAGUUGGAAAAUCAUGAUUUGUACUUGUUUAAAUAUUUGGACGCUUACAGUAAAAUUGAACCAAAUGGCCGGUACCAUGGAAAGCUAAUUCGGUUAUAUGCAAAGUAUGCAAGAGAAAAAUUGUUGCCUUUUUUAAAGUGCAGUGAUAACUAUCCUAUUCAGGAAGCGCUAGAUGUUUGUCAGAGCAAUGAAUUUUAUCCGGAAAUGGUUUUUCUGUUAAGCCGUAUCGGUAAUACUAGAGAAGCCUUGCAAAUUAUAAUAGAGAAAUUAAAUGAUAUAAACCAAGCAAUUAACUUCUGUCAGGAGCACAAUGAUAAAGAGUUAUGGACUGACCUUAUUAAGCAGACCGUAGACAACCCUGAGUGCGUAACAUUACUACUAAAGCGGAUAGGAAACUAUGUAGACCCCCGCAUGUUAAUACAACACAUACAGCCUGGUUGUGAAAUAAAGGAUUUGAAGGACUGUUUGGCUAAAAUGAUGUGUGAUUAUCACCUGCAAAUGUCAGUUCAAGAGGCGUGUAAAGUUAUUACCCUUAGGAACUACUUUGAUCUACAUGAAAAACUUAUCAUCGGACAGCAAAGAGGUAUAUCGGUGACUGAUGACUUCUUGUGUCAUGUUUGUCAGGGCCGUAUCAUAAUAAGGGACUUGUCUAACGCCUCCAACUUAAUAGUUUACAAUUGCAGGCAUUCAUUCCAUAUAGAAUGUUUGCCAGAUGGUGUACAGUGCAGUAAUUGUUAUGUUUGCAGUGCCGUUAAAAUGUAA